AAGCUCGGGAAGUUUCUUCACCUGCUACACAUGUUUUGUCCCCUCGUUGUUUGGCUCCCUUUACGUGACUCACUUCUUUACCAGUAUGUAUGCCAUGGAAGACGAAGUCUUCUCCGUCUACGGUCUCUGGUCGAAGCGCCUGAUGAUAGUAUCUGUGUCGCUAUUCGCACUCCUCGGCACCAUGGCCACUAGCAUGUACUAUCCCGCCCUACCCACCGUAGCUAGCGAUCUUGGCGUAUCUAUCACAGACGCCAACCUAUCAGUAACAACCUUUAUGAUCCUUCAAGGCAUCGCUCCCACUUUUGUCGGCAGUUUCUCAGACUCCAGUGGCCGCCGCCUCGCUUACAUCGCGUGUUUCACGAUUUUUCUCAUCGCCAAUAUUGUCCUGGCACUACAGAACACUUACGCUGGAUUGCUUGCGCUGCGAUGUGUUCAAAGUGCUGGCGCUGGUGGAUUGAUUCCUCUCGCCAGUGGUGUUAUUGCAGAUAUUGUCGAGCCGGCUGAGCGAGGUUCCUAUAUGGCCUGGGCUACCGUUGCUCCUGUUCUUGGUCCUGCUCUGGCACCUGUGCUAGGGGGCGUCUUGACUCGGUAUCUUGGGUGGCAUUCCAUUUUUUGGUUUCUGGCUAUUGCAUGCAUCGUGCUUGGAGUCUUGUUUCUCUUCUUCUUUCCCGAGACUAACCGUAAGCUUGUUGGCAAUGGAUCGUGUGUGCCGCCGAGUCUCAGUCAACCGUUCUACUUCUUCUACACGCAGAAGAGCAGACAGCAGCAGGGAGAUUCUGUGAAGCGGAAGCCUAUUUCCUUUCCCAACCCCUUCUCUAUCUUAAAGGUCAUGCUGGAUAAGGAGGGGGCAGUGGUCCUUGCGGGCAAUGGCGUCAUCAACAUAGUGAUUGCUGGCGUCAAUACUGGGCUUCCGCCGCUUAUGAAAAGUCUGUAUGGUCUUUCUGAGGUGCAAACAUCACUUUGCUUCCUGGCCUUUGGUGUUGGUAGUGCUGUCUGCACUGUCAUCACAGGCCGACUCAUGGACAGGGCCUACCGGAACACAGCUGCUAAGCAUAACAUCCCACUUAAACUCGCCCGUCGCGACCCCAAUAUGCCCGUAGAGCACGCCCGCCUACAAGUUACAUGGCCACACAUCGCCGCCGCUAUUACGAGUCUUGUUGGGUAUGGAUGGACGCUCAACAAACCCACCCAUCUAGCUGGGCCAAUGGUGCUCCUCUUCGUCAUUGGCUAUACUUCCACCGCCGUGGCGCAAGCUCUGAACGCUCUUAUGGUAGAUCUCUUCCCGCAAGACGCAGCUACCGCAAGUGCGGCCAACAACUUGAUACGCUGCGGCCUGGGCGCUGCCAUAACUGCCGCUAUCCAACCUUUGACCGACGCAGUUGAGCCUGGUUGGACAUACACCAUCUGUGCAGGCUUUCUCUUGAUUAUUGUUCCCUUUUUCAUCGCGUUGACUCGCUUUGGACCAGGUUGGCGGGCGGGCCGCAUGAAGCGAGACACCACGGACCAGGGGGAGGGGAGGAAUAUUGUGCAAGUCAUAGAAAGUAGAGAAGCGAAGGCUGCUUGAAGCUGAUUGGCAUAAGUCACAGGAUUCCCCGCAGCAUACGAGGUGAGGUAGAGAUGGUGCUGCAGAAGGUAAAUUGAUAGAGAUAGUAUGCUCGGUACAUCGAAAGGGGCCUCUUGAUCUGGCUUACGCUCCUGCUGGAUUAUCCUUGCUUACCGUAUGAAUGUCGUCUCAUUGGUUCCUCGUUC